AUGGACGAGCCGACGAGGAAAGAGGGAGAAGACCCGAUACACAAGACAAGAAGCAAUCCGAAAUCCACCAUAUGCACACGAACAAUUGCGUGCGGCCCAGUGUCAAGAUACAUUGAUCUAUGCGAGAGAGAGCGAGAGAAAGAGAGAGAGAGAGAGAGAGAGAGAUCCGACGCGAGGUCGGAUAGGAGGGGCCAGUGGGAGGAAUUCGAUAGUACGCCGGAACGCCUUACGUACGGGUAUGAAGUGUUUGUGGACAAUACGCGCCUCCGACGAUCAUGUACAAGGAGAGUGGGCGGAGGGGCAGAGGAAGAUGCUCGUAUCGCUCCCGGACCGGACCAAGAGGAGGGACGACGAACCGAUGGGGUUGUGUCAGCUGGGUCGACGCCAUGGGCUGCGGCGGUCGCCGGAGCCAUGUCCGCACUUACCGGCGCUCUACUUCCGACGGACCGGCUUAUUGUUCCCCGACCCAUCGUAGACCGUUCCCCCAACCUUCUGCGAGAGGCCGAAGCCGAGCCCGAGAGCCACACCCAGGACGGCGAGGACGAUCACGGUCACGAUCAAGCUCUUGUACAACUUGCUCAGCCUUGCCCAGCAAGCACACCGCGCGCGCUGCAACUUCUGUGCCUUUCUCUGCUGCUUCAUGUGCUUGCGGCCGGGCCAGGCCGGGUCAACCUUGCUGCACUUCUGCGUCACCCGGCCCGACUUCGACUGCGAGGCUCUGGUCUUCUGCUCCGUCAGGCACUGAGCCUCGAGGUCGGAAUACAUGUCGUUCCGAUCGCGGGAGACGGUAUAGGCGAAGGUGGUUUCGAGACUCUUUUCGUAGCUGGGCGUGGGCGGCAGGGAGACGGUGUGGGCCGAGUCGACAUCGUGGAUGGUCGAGAGGACGCGUGCGGAGGCCUGGCGGCUGGGGGAGGGACGACUGAUGGUGAGGAAGUCUGCGCCCGGCUUGACCUCGCUCUCGCUCUCGCUCUCCACCUCGACCUCGACGUCGUUGCGGCGGUGUUGGGUCGACGCGGUCUGUCAGCCACGUCAAUCGGCAAGGGAAUGGGGGCGGCCGCGCAGCGAGAUCAGCUCCCCCUCAGCCUUCCGCCGGACAGACAGACACCGGUACGGAGGACGGGCAUGUCCCAGCACCAGUCCGGAAUAAUCCCAGUUGAGCAUCAACAUCAACAACAACAGCAACGACAGCAGCAACAACAACAACAACAACACCAAUAUUCAUAUACACAACACCAAGUCCGAAACACCAAAUAUUUAAAUAUAUUAACAUACACAUAUAUCCCCAUCUCCAUUUGA